AUGACGAUCGGUCAUCUCUUCAUGCUGGCCUCGGCCUUGCUACCGUUGGCAUUGGCAGGCAACCACCUCGACGCCAACAACCUCGUCUACCGUUCGCCCUACACCAACCACGACGGCCUCGCUCUCGACACCCACGCGAUUGCGAAGCGUCAUGACCAAAUCAGCGAGCUCUUGAGAAAACGACAGCUCUCUCAACCCGCUCCUGAGGGAGACGUCGGGACGUACACGUUGAGCGGGUACGGGUUGGGCGCGACGGAUUGGAGUAAUUCGGAUAGGAUCUAUGCUGGCGAUGUCAACUUUACACACUCGGUUGCCAGUGGAGACCCCUACGACUACUCCGUCCUCCUCUGGACCCGAGCGGAACCGACGGCCGAGGCUCCGGUCGAUAUUCCGGUCUGUGUGACCUACAAAGUUUACACCGGCCAAGAUGGGACUGGCUCCGUCGUCGCCAGCGGUCACGCGUUUACAUCAUACGAUGUCGACUUCACCGUCAAGGUCGAAGCUACCGGUUUGACCGCCUUGACCCCUUACUCGUACCAGUUCGCCAACUGCGCGAAGCCCGAUCAAGUCUCGCCUGUUGGCAAGACGAGGACCGCCCCGGGGAAAUUCGCCACCGACAUUCCUACCCAGAAGUUUGCAGUGUAUUCGUGCGCCAAUUGGCCGAAUGGGUUCUUCAACUCUUACAGUGGACCGGUAACAAACGGGGAUUCCGAAUAUGUCAUCGCACUCGGUGACUAUAUCUACGAAUACGGGACCGGAGGAGACGCGAUCAACCGGACCAACUUUAGGGAGACCGAACUGGCUUCCCUCGACGACUACCGUGUACGCUACCAGCAAUACAGGACUGAUCCCGACUUGUCGGCCAGUCACCAGAACUUGCCCUGGAUCGCUGUCUGGGAUGACCACGAGACCGCUAAUAACGACUGGAAGGCCGGUUCGCAAAAUUCGAACAACUCGUAUCCUGCUGGGUGUUCGUACGGCAACCAGACCGGUAUCUGUUUCGACGAGAGGGCCGCCAAUGCCAAGCGAGCUUAUCACGAAUGGAUGCCUAUCCGCCAAGUCGAUUUGAGCGACGAAGGCAGGAUCUGGAGGGACUUUGCCUUUGGCGAUCUGCUCGACAUCAUCGCACUUGACACGAGGAAAUACGAUCGAGACAUUACCGACUUGUCGCCGACCGUCCCCAACAAGGACUAUGUUGCAUCUCUGGCCGUAGAACUCAACUCUAGCCGAUCCAUCACGGGGCCGGUUCAGGAAUCGUGGAUGUUGGAUACGAUCAAGAAGAGUCACGAUAAGGGUACCAAGUGGAGGCUGUUGAUGAACCAAGUCAUCUUUGGUUCUAUCAACCAUACCGCCACUAGCACCAACCCGACCGCACCAGGAGUGUUCGAUGUCAAUUACGAUGCUUGGGACGGGUAUCAGGGUCAGCGCCAGCGAAUCUUGAACCGAGCUUAUGAUGACGAAUGGCGAAACUUGGUGAUCGUGACUGGUGAUACGCACAGUUCAUGGUUGCACGAAAUCGAGCGCGGAAACGUUCUCGCCGGAUCGACGAACGUUUCGGAUACCCUUGCGCAUGCGCUCGACGCGUCCCCCGGGUACAAGAGGGGCCGGAUCGUCGAGUUCGGAGGUACUGCCGUCAGCUCGAACGGAUGGGGAGCUACCUGGAAGAACUCGGCGAAUGCCACUGAGCGAGCUGCUAAACAGUUGGUGCAGAACAGUGGAUCUCUGCUGUAUUCCGAGGGCUUCUAUCGAGGUUACAUGAAUGUCGAGGUCUCGUACACCAACAUCACCACCAAAUACUACGCAUAUGAAGGCAAUCAAGAAACGCGUACUCAAAACAGGUCACAGAUCGCUUCUUUUGUUGUUCCCGACGGAGUCAACAUGGUUCAGAGGCCUAUUCAGGUGCAAGCCGGUGCGGUCAAGCCUGGCAACUGA